AAUGAACAACCGGCAGUGUUCUGGGAUGUUAUAAAAUCAAAAGGAUCUUCUCUUCAGAAUGUAGUACACACCAGAAAAUUAACUUCCAAAAGAAUGCUUUCUAUCAAACUGCUGCAUCAGAACUGGAGAAAAUGCUUUUUUUCUAGAGUGUGAAAUUCCUUCGGAAGACACAGCACUGGCUAUUAAAAGCAUCAGAAAGAUGCCCGUACUUCUUAAAGGGACUUUAAGCAAAUGCUAGCGUAAUAUCUGAAUGACCUUGGAAACUGUUUUUAUUUGGAUUGAUUCAUUCUCACCCGCCUGUUUCCUAACCUCGGGAACGCUUGGAUUAAAGAUUGUUUUACUAUUAUAAGGGGCUUUAAAAACAAGACUAUAUACACUUAGUAACCUACCUAAUGGUCCCUGCAUUAAUCAAGCAUUUAUUUAAAUCUGAACAUAGAAGAGGCUUUCUUUUAACAUAUGUCUGCUCCAUAGCUGCAAAUAUAAUGAACAAGGUAAUGUCCUGCUAUAUUAGAAGAUUUGGUUUUUCAAGCAGUGAUUUAUUAUGCUAAUUGUCUAAUGAAAAUAGAAAGAUGAACCUAGAAGAUGAAGCUGAGUGACAGAAUAAUGGAGUAGUAAACAAUGGCAGAUUUUCUAGUCAAAUCAGCAUUUCAUUAGCUUCGCAGCUGAAUGCAGAUGGAAGUUUCUGUUCUCGUAUGGGGCUUUUGUGAAACAAUUCAGGUGUUGCUACAAAGCUAAGGAAUAACAUGGCUAUACCUGUAAACUUCACUGUACUGUUUCACUGUAGCAGGUGUGGCAUAAUUUCUAAAGAAAAUUAUUUUCAAUGAUCUUUGCUGAAAUUAAAUGCAAGAAGAUUUUAUUUUGUCUGUUGGGAUCUUGGAUUAUGCUGCUGACACUGACAUUGAAAUGGACUGUAACUGUUCAAAGAGUUGCGAAUAUUGACUUAAAGCUCCAACAUUUAUUCUUACUUUUUUUUCUUUAAUUUUUAACUGAUUAUAUGUGGUCUUUUUCACUGUACAUUAGAUAUAUACUUUCCUUUCUGGGAGUUGAGACAAAGCUGGCUCACCCCACACUCAUCACCCUCCAAAUAAAAUUCAUUGUCUGUACCCAAAUACUGGUGAGUCUGUUGGAAUUAACCUUGACAAUAAUGUUUUCCUUACCUAUCUAGUAAAUACCAUAGAUGAGAGAGAGAGUAUCAUCUCCUGAAUGGAGCCAAAAGAGACAGCAUAAUACAGUGAACUUUUUCCUGGGGUUCCCAGCCAGUCUGUGAUUUUAAAUGAGCAUAAAACAUAAAUUAUUUUAUAAUAAUUGCUGAUUCAGGAAACUUUGAGGUUUUUUUUCCUUUUAUAUUUUUCUAUUUAAUUCCAAAGGAACUGACUUCUCAGGAAAAUAAACAUCCCCAGAAUUUUUUUUCCCCAGGCAGUUGACUUUUUAUUUCCUCUGUUUUGUUUAGUUUUUAUUUCUAUCCUCCACAAGUACAGCAUAAAGUACCUGCUUUCUGUAGAAGUGCCUUGUGUUUGCUAAAGAUGGAUCGCGAUCACUGGAGGAAGCUGAUCAGUGGCCUUUCUUCUCCUCCUUUCUGGCUUUUUUCUUUCCUUGAAGCUAAGGUGUGUCAAAGUGAUGCACUAAUGCUGAAGCGGCACCAACGGCUGUGAGAUUGUAACGUCUCAAAUGGCAGCAUCCACAAAAAGAGAUCUUGAGACACUGAAGCAGAGUUUAGCUGGUGUUGAGGAAGUCACCUGCUUGCUAGAAGUCUGAUUGCAGUGUUCCCAGAUUGCAAACAAUGAACCAGUCCAGAUGGAUUGAAUGGAAGACUCUGAAUAUGAGCAGUAGCAUUGUGAAUGUGUCUGAGCAUCUCUCCUGCCCUCUUGGUUUUGGCCACUACAAUGCAGUUGAUAUCUGCAUCCUUGAGACGGUCAUUAUUGUUUUGCUAACAUUUUUAAUUAUUGCUGGUAACUUAACUGUUAUAUUUGUCUUUCACUGUGCUCCACUUUUACAUCAUUAUACCACCAGCUAUUUUAUUCAGACCAUGGCCUAUGCUGAUCUUUUUGUUGGAGUUAGCUGUUUGGUUCCUACCUUGUCACUGCUUCAUUAUUCUACAGGUGUUCAUGAGUCCUUGACUUGUCAAGUUUUUGGAUAUAUCAUCUCUGUGCUGAAGAGUGUCUCUAUGGCAUGUCUUGCGUGCAUCAGUGUGGAUCGUUACCUAGCUAUUACAAAACCUCUCUCCUAUAAUCAACUGGUUACACCUUGUCGAUUGCGAAUCUGCAUCAUUUUGAUUUGGAUAUACUCUUGUCUGAUCUUCUUACCUUCCUUUUUUGGAUGGGGAAAACCUGGUUACCAUGGUGAUAUUUUUGAAUGGUGUGCUACUGCCUGGCUCACCAGUGCCUAUUUUACUGGCUUUAUUGUAUGCUUACUAUAUGCUCCUGCUGCCUUUGUCAUCUGCUUCACAUAUUUCCACAUCUUUAAAAUUUGUCGGCAACACACCAAAGAGAUAAAUGACCGGAGAGCUCGUUUCCCUAGCCAUGAAGUGGAUGCUGCUGGAGAGACUGGGCACAGCCCUGACCGUCGCUAUGCCAUGGUUUUAUUUCGGAUAACCAGCGUGUUUUACAUGCUGUGGCUUCCUUACAUCAUAUACUUUCUGCUGGAGAGUUUUAGGGUGCUGGAAAAUCCAGCACUUUCCUUCUUAACAACAUGGCUUGCUAUAAGCAAUAGUUUCUGUAACUGUGUGAUAUAUAGCCUCUCCAAUAGUGUUUUCAGGCUGGGACUCCGGAGACUGUCAGAGACAAUAUGUUCAUCUUGUAUGUGUUUAAAAGACAAGGAUCUACGGGACCCAAAACCUAGAAAACGAGCUAACUCCUGCUCUAUUUAAAAAAAACAAAACUGGGACAACUAAUCAAAUGCAGUUUGACGUUGGGUUUGGAUAGUAUUUGAUAUAUCUGGAAAUUUGCCACAAUAGAAAUAUUUACUUGAAUUGUUUGCUAUGAAGUGGGAGAGGUUUAAAACUCAUUUGUAAAAAGGAAAAGGCUGCUAUAAAAAGGGCAUCAAAGGGAUACACACAUUAAUUGUGAAACUAGGAAAAUGGGAUGAGAGAAGUUCAACAGAGAAGAUUAAGAAAAGUCAAUAUCUCGAAUCUUCCAUAGGGCAUGAAAUAACUGGCACAUCAGAGUAGGUCCCUCUUAGGAAAAAUAGGUGAUUUACUGUUUAUAUUUUCCCUUGUAGAGAAAUUGUCAGAUAUGUGGCCGAAUAUACAGUAGCCUCUUGCAUUAAAAUAUACUUUUUUAAAGCACAGUAAGUGGCUGUCCAUAAAUUAUCUCCUUAGAGGAUUCUUAAUGUUGCAGUUUAACAAUCAGCUGCACUUUGUCUUUGCUCAUGUAUCGUACUAUUUUCUGUUAUACAAAUAAUUGGCUAAAGUUACAUACAAAUUAAGCUGUUGGGCACGCUUUGUGGAUAAAAUUACAGUUUUUUUGUCUUCUGUAUUUUUGGUGUAACCACCACAAAGCCUAUUCCCCCCCUCCGUCUCACCCCUUUCCAUUUUUCAUGCCGUCCUUCCCUGGGUCCCAUCAUGUAGAAAUGACUUAGGUAUGAAGGAAACUAUAGAAUAAACUUAAUUUAAAAUUAUUUCUUCCUUGAAAAAGAAAUGUCCCUUUGGCUAGUUGGAAGAUUGCAUUCACCAUGUUCUAUUGACUUCUGUAAACUUUAAUUCUUUGGAUCCAAAAAAAUUAGCACACAGUAUUGAUGUGAUGUCCUUUAGGAUAUGCUAAAGCUUUUUCUUGAUCAGCUCCAAAUAAUCCUAAUGCAAAUAGUAUAAGGGAACAUAGCAGCGUGACAUCACUGCUUACUUAGUGAAUUAAAAACAGAAAUGAAAAGAAAAUACUUUUUCUGUGGGGUCUAAAUAGCUUACUGUUGUAGCUGCCAAUCUUUUGUGUGAACCUAGCUUGCACAUAUUGUAUUUUUUUAAAAAAGAAAAUGUAAAUGAUGUGGUCUGUGCCUAAUGUUUUCCUAGCACAUGGAAUAGGUCAAUGCUAUUUUAAGUCUACAGGAUUAAAAAAAUGUUACUUGCUUUAAGAGAAACACUUUUGUGCAGUUGUUAAUAGGUAUUUAUUAGACAAGUGUUCUUAGAGGAGAUGGGGAAACCAUUUAGUAUCAAAUACAGGUAAGAACCUCAGUAUUUCCCUUCCUUUCAGGUUCACCGAUUAAAUAAAAUAUAUUUUGCAAGGGCGCUACGUGAGUUUGUGUAAUAAAUUGCUAGGGGUUCAGAUACAGCAUGGCAGGCAGUGAAAUACUUAAUGUUGUUUUUGACCCAAGUGUCAUUUUCUCUGAUGGUUGUUUGUUUAGAUUUUUUUAAAGGCCCAAUUAUAGAAUGUUGGUCCUUUUUAACAGCUGCACUAUGAUUCCUUCUUUUACCAAAAUGCAUAUAAUGAAAUUGUGCCUAUGACUUUUCAUAAUGGAAGCCAACACUACUGGCUUGAUUCCAGUAGUCCCUUUUAAAAACAUGUAUGAAUUGUUUUGAUGAGGUGGUACUGAACCCCUGUACAUUUUUAAAACUGUAAGAAAGUUGAGAAAAAUAAACAGAAUAAACUAGUAUUAUGUAUAUCAAAACCAGGCUUGCCUUUAGUUCCCUGAUGUUUUGUUGUGUUCUUAUUGGAAAUUCUACUGGGUUAGAACUCAGGACUUAACAAUUAAAAAAAAAGUCCUUAGUACUUACUUUGUUUUGCUUAUGUACCUCUGUCUCAUUGUCUGUGGUAUCAUAUAAUAGUUAACAGAAUUAAAUGCCACUUAGAACACAUGACUAGCUAAGAUGUUGAUGGUUAUUUAUGAUAGAUAAUCCACAUAAAGUAGGAAAAGGAAUCUCUU